UGACCCGCCCCGCCCGUCCCGCGCGCGCUCGCGCCGGUGUGUGCCUCGGCGGGCGCCGUAGCCGCCGCCCCGGGCAGCGAUGUCGGAGGCGAGCAGCCGCGACGCGUCCUCCUCCUCCUCGCCCUGCUCCCCCCCGGGCCCCGGGACCCGCCGGGCGCCGCCCUCCUCCCCGCGGAACGGAGCGGGGCCCCGGCACAGGCGGCGGCUGCCGGGCCGCCCGCCGGCGGAGCAGGGCGAGGGGGAGGGAGACGAGGAGGACGAGGAGGACGAGGAGCGGGAGCGGCGGCCCGAGAGCACGCAGGGCGAUGAGCGCAGCAGGAGGGCGAUCCGCAACCAGUACCGAGAGCUCAUCUACAGCGUCCAGCAAAAUCGCGAGGAUAUGCUGAAUUCCAAAAGCAACAGACUGACAGAAGCUUUGGAAGAGGCUAAUAAACUGUUUAGCGGAGUUUCCUGUGCACGAGAGGCUGCGCUGGAUGCCCAGUUUCUUGUCUUGGCAUCAAAUUUAGGGAAGGAGAAGGCCAAUGAGCUGCACUCUGAGAUGACAGCGUUUGAUUCACUGGCCUUUGCAGAAGACUUGCUAACGUUCAUGGGAAUAAACCGCAUAGAAGUGGAAGAAAAUGAUGGCGAUCCUGAAGGCAUUUUGGGUGGCUACUUACCUAGUAACGCCUGGCAUAAACUGGGAGAAGAAACGGAGAAGUACUUCAGAAGAGCACCUUCUUUUCACUAUAUGUUGGGAUCUUUCAAGUCUGAUCCUCCCGUACCAAGGCAACGGAUUGAGAGGCAGAGAAAGGCUGCAGGGGGAGAAGCCAAACGGGCAAUGCCUGCUCAGCUGAAAAAAAUGGAGGAGUCUCAUCAGGAAGCUACAGAAAAAGAAGUAGAGAGGAUCUUGGGGUUAUUGCAAACUCAUUUUAAAAAUGAUCCUGACACACCCAUUUCCUUCUUCGACCUCGUGAUUGAUCCCAACUCCUUCGCACGCACUGUGGAAAACAUCUUUCAUGUGUCCUUCAUUAUAAGGGAUGGCUUAGCAAGAUUAAAGCUGGAUGAUGAUAAAUUGCCAAUAAUAGAGCCUUCAAAAGACGAUGAGGGGAAGAAGGAUGACUACAGUGCUGGAGCACGGAACCAGGUCGUUAUCUCUCUGAGCCAUCAGGAAUGGAAGGAGAUCGUAGAAACCUAUGAAAUAACAGAGCCCAUGAUCAGCCCUCCCUGUCCUAGAAAUGAAGAUGAAAUGGAAAUCGCGUAAUUCUCCAAGUAAGUGCUUUUCAUACAUCAAACUAAGUAAGAACACAGUGCAUGAAUUCCUUAUGCGUGUGGGAGAACUGCAGGGAAAACACCUGUGACGGAGAAAUGCGGAAAAGCCAUAAGCAGGGCAACUGGAUAACAUCUGGAGCACUUUUUGAUCUCCUUAUGGAACCAAAUGUCAUCUUGGUCAUCUCUGCAGUAAUCAAGUGGAACAAAACCCUUUAUUUUUACAUUUGGUGGUCAGUUAAGUGAUACUUGUUGAUUUUUGGAACUUUAUACUCGUACUUGGAGUGCAAUUAGGUUUUAUACUCUUUUUAUAACCUAGUGACAGCUCUGUUAAUAGAGUAGUAUAAAGAAGGACUUGGGGGAAGCAGGGGAAGGCAAGACAGUCUAGUUCCUUCUAAAAUCCUUUAAAGGAUAGGAUUGAAUUCUUUUAUUGUCACGGUUGCUUGGUAAGUUCCAAAUCUUAAUGCAUAUUGUCUUAUUGUCUUUUUUUCUCUCUU